AUGCGCGAUGUAGGAAUCCCGCGCAACCCUAGAAAGUACUACCGCUUCCACCGGGACCACGACCACGAUACGGAGGAUUGUUUUCAGCUCCGAGAUGAGAUCGAGGUGCUUAUCCGCCGCGGGGUGCUCAAUCGGUUUGUGAAGAACCGACGUGAGAAAAGGAGGCCAGUGGAAAACGCCGUGCCGCCCGAUAAUCCAAAUGACAACAGGCCCAUCGCCAGCACCAUCAAUAUUAUCGGAGGAGGAACCUCGGCUGAAGAGCCAGCCGAAGAAGGAGUUCCCUCGAAGCGUCCGCACACUUCUGAAGUCAUCUCAUUCUCGAACGAGAACUUGGAAGGGGUUAAAACCCCUCAUGAUGAUGCUGUGGUCAUCUCUGUGAUUGUAAAUAAAUUCGAUGUAAAGCGCAUCUUGGUUGAUAAUGGGAGCUCGGCAAAUAUUUUGUACUACCAUGUCUAUCAAAAAAUGGGACUGACAGAAAAUCAGCUUCGGAGGAUGAACGCUCCACUAGUUGGAUUUACCGGAGACUCAGUCCCGGUUGAAGGCGAGGUCAGUUUUCUUGUCACAGCUGGGCUCGCCCCUCGAGAAAGCACCGUGAGGACGGACUUUCUUGUAGUCCGCCUGCCUUCAGCCUACAAUGCCAUUUUGGGAAGGCCGGGACUGAAUGCCCUCCGGGCUGUGGUCUCAACUUACCACUUGCUUGUGCGGUUUUCCACCAAUUAUGGGAUAGGCGAAGCUCGUGGCGACCAGAUGGUGGCCAAGCGGUGCUACAUGGCGACCUACAAAGCAAAACCACCGGCUGAAGCGUCAAACCAACAGGAGCUACCGACCGAGGUGCCAACUCAAGCAAUGGAUCGCAUGUUGCCCAUUGAAACCUUAGACGUACGGAACGAUCUCUGGAAGAAGCGGGUAGAGCCCGGUGAGCUUCUUACCUGA